AUGGACUACUCACACCUGGCGGUGGUGCUAGACCUGUCGCCGGGACAAUGGGAGGGGUGCAGCGAAGAACUUGGGCUUCCCUCUUUUCUAAGCCAACUACUAGCAUUUCUAAAUGCACACAUUGCACUACGAGACGAGAACACACUCGCAGUCUUUGCAGCACUGCCGGGGAAAAGCACAAUGCUCUAUUCAUCGAUCGACCCCCCGGAACAGCCGUCUGACAUGGAUCCCAAUGCCUAUCCGCCGUUCCGCCAACUGGACCGGGCAGUCGUUGCGAGCAUAGCUGGUGAGCUGGAUGCGCCCAGCGAGGAGCCAGUUGCGCUGGUUGGGGCGAUGAGCAAGGCGCUUUGCUACAUGAACCGGCUCGCUCUCGGACAGACGGCGCUCGCUGAACCUCGGAUGCUGGUGCUCUCGGUGUCGCCUGACCAGCCCGCCGACUACAUCCCCAUCAUGAACUCGAUCUUUUCUGCGCAGAAACUGAAAGCAACAAUCGAUGCGUGCCAGAUCUACGGCCCCCACACCGUCUUUCUCCAGCAGGCGGCGCAUCUCACCGGCGGCUCCUAUCUCCACCUCGACCGCCGCGAUGCGCUGCUGCAGUACCUCAUCAUGGCCUUUCUCCCGCCCCCAUCUAUCAGGAGAAUCCUCGCUGUUCCCACCCAGGACAAGAUCGACUUCCGCGCUGCCUGCUUCUGUCACAAAAACAUCAUCGAUGUUGGUUUCGUGUGCUCCGUCUGUCUCUCCAUUUUCUGUCAGCCCGUCCCCGUCUGUUCCACCUGUCGCACAAAGUUUCCCAUUAAAACCCUCAAGCGUCUCAACGCCGCCCGGCCUCUUCCUCCCGCUUCUUCCCCCGGUCCUGCCCCACUCUCCCGUCCGCCCGGCUCUGCCAAUGGUCUCAAACACUAG